AUGUCGACUCGAUACGCCGCCCCAGGCGUGUUCGAGUUGCAGCGCAGCAACUCAUAUCGAGAAGCAAAGGCAUUGCAAACAAAAUUUGCGCGGGAUGAAGAAGAUACCAUACAGUCCAGAGGCGGGACGCCCCGCGAGAGUGAAUACGAGGAAGAAGUGGAUGAAUCGGUCCGAGAGGACAUGGCAAAGCUCGAGGACACAUUCCCAGGAAUCUCAGAUCGGUUUCGUCUAGUCAAUCGGAUUGGAGAAGGCACUUUUUCUACUGUCUACAAAGCGGAGGAUCUUCAUUACGAUCAAUACAACAAUGACUGGGAUAUCUUUUCACGCGCACAGCAAGACAACUAUGUCAGCCCUCCUUCGAAACGGAGGCGUGUGGAAGGCGCGCCAGCAGACCGCAAGAAGCCUCGAUUCGUCGCAUUAAAGAAAAUCUACGUCACAAGUAGCCCGCUGCGAAUCCAGAACGAGCUCGAACUGUUGCAUGAUCUUCGAGGCUGCGGGUCUGUUUGCCCACUCAUCACGGCCUUCCGAUACCAAGAUCAAGUGGUUGCCGUAUUGCCCUACUUCCCACACACAGACUUUCGCAUUCAAUACCGCACGUUCAUGGUUGCAGACAUGCGCCAUUACCUACGAUCUCUACUGACCGCGCUGAAAUCGGUACACGAGCACGAGAUUCUCCAUCGUGAUAUCAAGCCAACCAACUUCCUCUACAAUCCAGAUCUCAAGGAAGGCGUCUUGGUUGACUUUGGACUCGCUGAGCGUGAAGGAUCUGAAUACUCGGGCAGUCCAUGCCUAUGUACCCACCAGAGCUAUGUUCGCCGAGGCCGGAUAUUGUCCAGCUACUACUCCAAAAACCCACCACCCGCGGGCGUCUCAGCCGGAUACCCCAAGAACGACUCACGGCCCUCGCGACGUGCGAAUCGUGCAGGAACUCGAGGGUUCCGAGCCCCAGAGGUUCUUCUGAAAUGCACCUCACAGACAACCAAGAUUGACAUGUGGUCAGUGGGUGUCAUUUUGCUGACCUUGCUGGGACGCCGGUUCCCCUUCUUCAACUCCGCAGACGACAUCGACGCAAUGAUUGAGAUAUCCAGUAUUUUCGGUAUCCGGCGCAUGAAGACCGCCGCGGCCAUGCAUGGUCAGAUCUUCGAAACCAAUAUUCCAACAAUUGGAGAGAAGGGUUACGGCUGGGAGAAGCUAGUCAAAUGGUCCAGCUGUGUGGAAGAUUUGACCGAAAGCGAGCAACAAGCAACGCGUCUUCUGGCCGGUUUAAUGGAACUGGACCCCUCCAAGCGACUCAGCGCAACAGACGCUCUACAGCAUGAAUUCUUCACUGCCCCCGUUCAUCAUGAUGUCGAGUGGGGUGGCAACCCAGAAGAAAGCGCAGACUCGGCGGAAGAGGAAGAGGAAGACGAGGCAGAUGAAGUUGCCAUGCUAUGA